AUGUCUCAGAGACUUCUCAUCUUAACAGGUGUUCUUGAAGAUGAGGUUGUUCCUUCAGAUGUAGCUGAACUUGGCUCAUUGUUAUUUCUCUGUGGCGAAGAAGAAUCCAAAGACAUUGAUACAUUAUCAAUAGAAGAGCUUCUUGGAUCGCUUCAGGUGCAUGAACAAAGAAUUAUGAAAAAUGAUGGACUUGCUAUGAUAGAGCAGGCACUUGAAUCAAAGCUGACUUUAAAUGAGCAAAGAGGUAUCCAACGAAGAGGCGAUUUUCGUGGACGUGGUAGAGGUCGUGGAAACUAUCAACCUCGUAACUAUAAUAAUGAGAAAAAAAUUGGUCGUGGAAGAGGGUCAAACAGAGGAGGAAGAAUUUUCAAUGAACGUGGUAAAACAAAAGACAUUCAAUGCUAUAAUUGUCAAAAAUAUGGGCAUUAUGCAUCAGAUUGUUGGAGAAAACAAAAGGAUCAAGGAAAUCGAUUAAAUUUUGUUGAAUCGUCGCAAAAUAAUAAGGAUGUGCCUACAUUGUUACUAGCACACGAAGAAGCUAGUAAUCAACAAGAUAUGUGGUUUUUUGAUUCUAGAGCUAGUAACCAUAUGUGUGGAAGAAAAGAAUUAUUUAUCGAUCUUGAUGAGAAGAUCCAAGGUAAUAGUAAUAUACUCAGUAUUGGACAACUUCUUGAAAAGGGAUAUAUUGUGCACAUGGAGGAUAAUAAUCUUCUUCUCAAAGACAAAGGUGGAGAUGAUAAGCCCAUUUCCGGUCGUUGA